AUGCCUAUGACGGAGGAAACGCAAUGCUCCAUUGCCAAAUCUCCACCAACAAGCUCCAUGACUAGUGGUGGGAAGAGAAGGGAAUGUGGCUUUAAUGGAGAGAUCCAUCCUCGACUGGCUAGUGAUAACGAUGCUCUCUCAGCUGGGAGCAUGUACAUCCAGGGAACACUGCUUAAACGGGAGCUGGCCGGGGAUCAUGACGAUGUCGAUCUCGACGAGCUAGUGAGAUGGCGAAGAGAUGCUGUUGCGUUGCUGGUUCUAUCCGUCGCCGAGACCAUUGCGGAUCCGCCUUUGCCCAUUGUGGAAUUCAAUGAGCAUUCGAAGUUGGUGUAUUCUCCAAGCAGACUGCGAUUUCGCAAAGGGGACUUUUGGAUUAAGAACUUGUGGAGGGAGGUCUGGGCUACUCGUAUAGUGGCGGAUAUUUUUACUCAUGACAUCUUGUGUUUGAGGGAGGCCCAAGGGAACUCGGCCCGGCGUGCGGAGGAGUGGAAGUUGGACAUGCCCACGAUAGGUUGGGUGAAGACAACGAUAGGACGAAGCAGUAAGAAAAUGAACCCACCCAUGCAGCGCCAGUAG